AUGGGGCACGGCAAGAGCAAGUCCAGUACACAGUCCAAGGUCAAGCCAGAGAUCGAUAUACUAGGCAAGUCCAUAGAGAUGGAACCGGACAAAACAAAAUCUUUCCAUUUUGAAACCUCAGAAGCUCCCAAGGUGUCAUCUGCAGGGGGAUCGUCUGCCAUGAAAACUGCAAGGACAUGCAAGAGGGCUAAAACUGUGAAGCGCCACACCAGCAUCUGCACCUACCCGGAGCCCCCCCACAGCAACUCUGAUGAAGAUAAUGGGGAAGACAAGGUGGACAGCAAUGACCCAGAACAGAUCUUCCAGAACAUCCAGUUCCAGAAGGAGAUCAUGGCCAACAUCCGCUGCAGGCCGUGGUCCAUGAGGCAGAAACUCAGGGCACUCAGACAAGCAAAAGAGAUUGUGCUGAAGUACGAAGGGCGUCUGACGCGGACCAGGGGCUACCAGGCAGCUGGCACAGAGCUCUGGCGAAAAUUUGUCCGGCUUGCAUAUAACUUUAUGGUCAUCUUUAUUCCUUGGGAAAUGAGAAUUAAAAAAAUAGAAAGUCACUUUGGUUCCGGAGUUGCCUCUUACUUUAUUUUUUUGAGAUGGCUAUUUGGAAUCAACAUUGUCCUCACCAUCAUGACGGGGGCAUUUGUUGUUUUACCAGAGAUCCUGGCUGGCAAGCCCUUUGGAAGUACCCCCAGUAAGCGCAUCCCACCCAAGCAGCUAGACUCUGCACAGGACUUGGAUACGAUCUGGUCUUUGGGGGGCUACCUCCAGUACUCCGUGUUAUUCUACGGCUACUAUGGACAGGAUAGAAAGAUUGGGAAGGCUGGGUAUCGACUGCCCCUGGCAUACUUCCUUGUUGGAAUGGCGGUCUUUGCAUACAGUUUCAUCAUCCUUUUAAAGAAGAUGGCCAAAAAUUCAAGAAUGAGUUUAGCUAGUGCCUCCGAUGAAAAUUACACAUUUUGUUGGCGAGUGUUCUGUGCCUGGGAUUAUCUCAUUGGAAAUCCUGAGGCUGCAGAGAGCAAAUCAGCUGCCAUAGUUAACAGCAUCAGGGAAGCCAUUCUAGAAGAACAGGAAAAGAAGAAAAGCACAAAUCUUGGCGUGACAAUAAGCUUACGGAUCAUUGCCAACAUCCUUGUGCUCCUCUCCUUGGCUGGAAGCAUUUACAUCAUUUACUUUGUGGUGGAUCGGUCCCAGAAGUUGGAGCAGAUGAAAAAGCAGCUGACCCUCUGGGAAAAGAAUGAGGUGAGUGUUGUCGUCUCCCUCAUCACAAUGCUUGCCCCAUCUGCCUUUGAACUGGUGGCAGCCUUGGAAAUGUACCAUCCUCGAACCACGCUGCGCUUUCAGCUGGCCAGAGUUCUCGUCUUAUAUCUGGGAAAUCUCUACAGUUUAAUUAUAGCCCUUUUGGAUAAAGUGGACAGCAUGAGCAUCACCGAAACUGGACUUCACAGAAAUGGAAGCAGCCUGGUCGAUGAGUCCGCCUUCUUAGCUACUAAAAACUUUCUGGAAGACAACUUUUCCACGACGAUUCCCAACAUGCACAUUCUGAGGAAUGACACCUUCCCUCUGGCUGAGAAUCGCACGCAGCACUCUGCCCCGCCUGCCAGCAUGGUGAUGGCCAACACGACAGCAGCUUCUGAAUCUGAGGGCGAAAGUCACCAGGAUCAAUGCUGGGAGACCUACGUGGGCCAAGAAAUGUUGAAGCUAUCUAUCAUUGACAUGCUCUUCACUGUGGCAAGCAUCCUGUUGAUCGAUUUCUUCCGUGGGCUUUUUGUCCGAUACUUGAGUGACUGUUGGUGCUGGGAUUUGGAAAGCAAGUUUCCUGAAUAUGGAGAAUUCAAGAUAGCAGAAAAUGUGCUGCAUUUGGUCUACAACCAAGGGAUGAUUUGGAUGGGGGCCUUCUUCUCACCUUGCCUGCCUGCGUUCAAUGUCCUGAAGCUGAUAGGGCUUAUGUACCUGCGCAGCUGGGCAGUGUUAACAUGCAAUGUACCUCACCAGCAAGUCUUCAGAGCUUCAAGAUCUAAUAACUUCUACCUGGCAAUGCUGCUCUUCAUGCUCUUUCUGUGCAUGCUUCCAACUAUAUUCGCUAUUGCCCGCUAUAAACCAUCUCGAAACUGUGGCCCAUUUAGUGGGCAAGAAAAAAUCUAUGACAUUGUGUCUGAAACCAUCCAAGCUGACUUUCCUGUCUGGUUCAACAAGGUGAUGACUUAUGUGAGCAGUCCUGUAGUUGUUCUCCCUGCUUUACUGCUUCUCUUCAUGCUCAUUUAUUACCUCCAGAGUAUUGCACGGUCAUUAAAAUUCACUAACAACCAACUGAGGAUGCAGAUCCAGAAUGAAAGAACUGAAGACAAGAAAAAAGUGGUCCAAAUGGCAGCAGGUGAGCCAAAAUGCCAAGAGCGUAAUUGUUUCUUUUGUAAUGACUUAUCAGCCAGAAUCCAAACUGUGGUAGGGAAUGACAAGCGGCCAGAGCAGGAAAGUGACAUCAUCAGCCAGGAGUCUUCUGUUCGGUCCUCAACGCCAAGGAAAAAUGGCAGCGUGGUGAAUUUUGAGUCUCCUAAAGGCAGCCGAAUACAGACAAUCUCUCAGUCCGUACCACAGCCCGAAGUGGCAAAGGCGGUCAGCCCCAUCCCAGCGAACGCUACCCCAGCGCCUCCAACACCCGUUGCUCCAAUACCUGUCACCCCAACACCUUCUCUUCCCCCUGUGCAGAAGCCUAGAACUGAGCCUCCAGCCAGCAGGUAUCCAAGUACUGCUCAUGGGAGUGCAAGUGAACUCUGCAAAGCUAAAGCUUACACCCCCGCGAAGUUCAAGAAGCGCGUAGAGGACGUUCAUUCAGACCCUCUGUUUAGAAAGAGCCUCCGACAGAUCAAUCCAGAGGCUCACGGUACCAGCGGAGUUCCCCCUUUCGUGGGCCGCCGGGCCCACACAGCCAGGUACUUUAUCGUCAACGAACGUGAGCCACGCAACAAAAUCCUCCGUUCAACCACCAGAUUGCCAAGGAAUCUCCGAAUGGAUGACUCAGGUGAGAUAGUUGAGUUAUAUCCGAGAAAUUUCCGACGGUACGUGGUUCGGACACCCCACCGGGUGUACUCACCCCAUUUCAGUGAAGAGGAGGAAGAGGAGGAGUUCAGGAGAAGCAUGGCAGGUCGAUCUCACCGCCCACGGUCACUUUCUGAUCUCCGGGCAGCCCCUCGUUUCUACAUUGGGGAGCGUGCCGACAGCCAAAUCCUGACCAGCAAGGCCUUGUCCAAAAUGCGCUACAAAUCUUGGGAAGAUGGUUUCGGGCUCACAUUCGACAAGCCCCCACAUGUCCACCGGAAGAUUCAUGUGAAGAACAUUGAGCUGGACCAGCCCUACCUGGAACACCACGUGAAGGCAAAAUCCAAACACAAGACCGAACCUUCCCCAACUGAAUCUGACUCCAUUUCGGUUGACUCUAGCAGCGAUCAGCCAACCAGCGGCAAUGAUCAGUACAUUCAGGUCAUUCAUAGCAAAGAAAAAUAUCUGAAACCUGGCGCAAAACAAACCAGGAAGAAAUCCAAGACUGCUAUUGACCUAAACAUGACUGAGGCCAAUGAACUGAUAUGCUCUAACGUCUAG